UGUGGCAAAGUAGAAAAUCUGUUAAUUAAGGCGCGUGUGAAAAGUGUGAAAAUCUGCAUUUAAACUGCAAAAUCAGCGAAACGGAAGAGGCGGCACUGGCCAAAGCCAUAAAAAGUGAAAAUUAUCUGUUCAAAGUGGAGUGGAAUGGAAACUUAAUUCUUGCGCCGCAACAGGAAAUAACCAUUGCCAAGCAAGAAAAGAUUUUAAACAUCUCUUCGAGAGUAGAAGGGAGUGGAGUUUCUUUCCCAUUUGGAGGUGAAGAACAGCCGAGAAAACAAAGCCACGAAAAAUAAAGCUACGAAUUCCAAACGAAAAUGAAAGCUGGCCGCGCCUUCGGCUGCCUCUUCUGGGCCCUGCUCUAUUGUGUGCUCUAUUUGGACCUGGUCAGCGGAAAUUCCAUGGACGAUGAACUCUUGGACUUCGAUUUUGCCGACCCGAAAGAUGCUGCCAGCCAGGACGACUGGCAGCUGGACGAUCUGGAAGAUCAGCAGGCCCAGCAAUCGCAGCAGGCUGAGAAGAAACUAGAGUCCAAUAUGUUGGACUUCAGCGUGGAUCUGGACGAGCCGGAACCGGAACUACCGCCCUUCGAUUGGCGGGAGAAGGCUCUGCGAACAGCCCUGGCCAAGGCCUUGGGCGACGAGGGACUGCGUCAGAAGUUCACAGAAGUAAUGCCUAUUCUUAGGGUUCUGUCUCAUCAGCAGAGACUGGCCUUGUCAGCCCUCAUAUCCGCACAGAUGAAUGCCAAGAAAGGCCAUGAUCUCAAACUGGAGCAGGUCCGCAUGAUGUUUGGCAAUGACAAGAAACUUCUACUUCCCAUUGUCUUUGAUCUGGCCAACCUGGUGAAGAGCGCCACCCACAAAUACAUCAAUCUUGGAUCCGAUCUGGCCUCGUCCGCCCUGUUCCGUCACGCCCCCAUUGACAGGCGGGAGGAUCAAUUAACCACGGAUGAGACGGAGCAGGAUAACCAAGUAGGCACCAUUUCGGUGAAUGCCGAGCCCAAGGAAGAUCAACCGGUCGAAGCGAAGGAUUCUGAAUCCAUGGAAAACUUCUUUGACGAGGUUCAGUCAGAGGUGUUGGAUCCGCAGAUGAUCAAUGAGGCUUUGCAGUCGGAUUUGCAUAAUGAAACAAAGGCCACUCAGCCGGAUAACCAUAAUCAUAGAGUUCGUCGCUCAGCAAAUGAAUUUAUUCACAAGCUUCCCAGAUCUGUGCCGCUUUCAGUGACGGAACAGCAACUGAUGGGUGGCAGUGCCGGAAGAACCGUAAGGCUGAACACGACCGCCUUCCAACAGCCUAGUAGCUCCCCUACCGAAGAGAGCGGCUCCGUUUCCACCACCAGUCAGUCCUAUGUGGAGAUCGAGGACCUGGCCUUUGCAGGACUAAAUGGCACUGAGCUUCCCCUGAAUGCAGAUGAACGUUUGGAUCUGCAGCGAAGCAGUGGCGAGGUUGGGGAUGAAGCUCUUCCCAAUCCCGAAGAACUCAUUGCCGGUCCCAGAUAUCGCCUAGGAAAACGCCCACCGGGUCAGAAGUCCAUUCCGCCCAUCAAAAGGAAGCGCGUCCAGGCAGCUUCUAGCCGUGGAAGACCCAAGACUGCCGCCAGCUCCCACAAGCCCGUGGUUUCGCCGCCGCACAAGAAAUGCGAAAGAUUCACCAGCAGCAUGUGCAUCCGCACCGAUGACUAUCCGCUUGAACAGAUCAUGGGCAGCAUUCGGCGGCACAAGAACGCCAUGUCCGCUCUCCUGGCAGAGUUCUACGACAGACCCAAUAACAACCUGGAGUUUGGCGAUGAAUUUGAUGACUUUAGUUUGAGCAAAAAGAGGCGUGAGGACGAGGGCAGUGCCGGUGGCAUGUGCCAAAGUGUAGUUCGCUAUGCUCGACCCCAAAAGGCCAAAUCCGCUUCGGGAGAAUGGAAAUAUAUUGUCAAUACUGGCCAGCACACGCAAACAUUGCGCUUGGAAAAGUGCAGCAAUCCCGGAGAGAGUUGCUCCUACCUGGCCCAGACCUAUCGCUCGCACUGCUCCCAGGUGUACAAUUACCAUCGCCUGCUGAGCUGGGACAAAGUGCGUGGCCUCCACGUGGACAUCUUCAAGGUGCCCACUUGUUGCUCCUGCCAGGUGGAUGGCUAUCGCCAGCAGUUCCCGCCUCUGUCCUCCAUCCAGGCCAAAGACUACUCUCCUCUGGUAACCGCCAAUAACAAUGGCUAUAGCACCAUUAACGAGGAGGAUCUGGACUACGCGGAUGAAAGUGGAGAAGAUGAGCUGGGCCUGGGUCUGCGCUAUCCAACUUAUAAUAACCGGGAUAACAACGAGCUGUAUGCCAGCAGCAAGAAGGUUAGAGUAAAGCUGCCAGGGAUUACUACCAGUGUGGGUCCAUAUCUCAGUCCACCCGAUGACGACGACGACGAUCGGUAUUCCGGGAGCUACAAGAGCCCCAGCUCUGGCUCCAGUGUCAGCUCCAGUUCCAAGAAGUAUUACAGCCAGGUGAGCCGCCGGCGGCCACAGCACUCGGAGGCCCGUCUGGACUUGGAUUUGGCGCCGAGCGAGACGCACGCGGACCAAGAGGUAAACCUAUUUGCUGGGCCACCAGAGAAGCAGCGUGCCCCGCUCAAUCGCAAGCGUAUUUAUGCCUCCACCCACACAGCCCCCACCACAUCAACAUCAACCGCAGCAUCAUCAUCGUUUGGAGGAGGAUCUGCCAGCCGCCUCCCCGUACGAUUUCCACAGACCACAAGCCUACCAGCCCGAACGGGAACAGCGGCCGUUAGCUCCAGUUUCAGUUUCAGCCCUGGCGCCAGUAGCGCCUCAGCCCAUGCCCCCCAUGCCCAUCAAACAGUUGUUGCAUCCGCAACCGCUGCACCACCUCACCCUGCCGGUGUCGGGCAGCGGUCGCGACCCCGCUUCUAUGCACCACCAGCCCCACCAGCAGCGACGACGAACAUACCCAUCCAGCAAGUGGUUGCCGGCUCAGCGGCGACAAUUUCGACCGAGCGUACCCCUCAGUGGGAGGGAGAAUGGGAACGGGAGCGGGAUCAGUCGACGACACUACCACAACCACCGGCCGUCUAUCCAGUAAGCUCGAUCUUCGCCAGCGGUGGCGGCAGUGAGGCAUCGGGCAAGCGAAUCAACUACAACUAUCAUCCCAUAAUCGACUUCUUUGAGAAGAAUCGCAAGGCAGAAUCGCAGGCGGUGGCAGAAGAAUCCCGUGUGGUGGAGCAGCGUGUCUUUCCGGAGAAGAGCACAAGGAAGGGCAUGGGAAUGGGCACGGAGACCAUCACAGGAAUAUAUCAGCAUCCCAUACCCAUACCUACCACCCACGAACGGCGCAUGGGCUACGGGGCUGGUGGUGCGGGUGGUGCAGGUGCCGGUGGUGCAGGUGCUGUGGGUGGUGGUGACAAUGCCUGGAAGCCCAUGGUUGUGGAGUAGCUUUUAAGUCGCAUGAAACCGAUCCGGUCCCAAAAAUCAUUAAUCUAACGUAUUAACGCUGAUAGCUCGUAAUCUUCGCCCUGUUCUCGCCAAGGAGCCUAAUCUUGUAGUUCUCUCUAGUAUGCUCCUAAUCUCAAGACCCUACUUGCCUCCCUCCUCUAAUAUUUAACCAAUUACGUUUAUUUAUUUAUUUAUUUUGUAGUGAGUAGUGCGAAAAUUAAGAUAUGACCCCGUUGUUGGGGAGGUUCAAUGGUCACAGCUUG